GGCCCGGGCCGAUGCUUUCCUUUCUGGCAGGAGGUCUUAGCCUGCUACGUUGUUAACACAUCCUCCGAGGACGAUUCAGGAAAGAAGAAGUGCGCGCCCGUGUUGGAGGAUUACUACGAAUGCUUGCACCACAAGAAGGAGCAUGCGAGAGUAAGAGCUCUACAAGCUGCAUUCCGAAAAGCUGAAUCUUCAGGGGGACGAGAAAAAGCGCCGAGCGCAGGUCAAAUACGGACUCUGGGGUUGAUAGACAAUGAGGAUGCUGCGAAUGGGAAGAAGGCCUUCUUCCUGGACAAGGCGUGA